UUCCGGUUCCGGUUUCCUCUGGCAGGCUGAUUUCGCUUCAUGAGUUUGAGAGAAUAAACAUCCUCCUGUUUGUACAUAAAUAAACACGCAGUCACUAUCUGGACAUGGCGUGCUCCAGAGUUCCGUUAGAUGAGCAGCACGUGACAGAACCCUCAGGACCUCAGGGCAGAGAGAGAACACUCCCCGCUCUGCACCCUGAGCGUAAGGAGGAGCGUGGGUUCGUGCCGUACACUCCGCCCCCUGAGGAUCACUCCCCUGCUCAGGUGGAGGAGUUCCUGGAGCAUGCUCAGUUUAUCUCGGAGGAUCUGGACUGGCUCCUCGCGCUACCUCACGACAAGUUCUGGUGUCAGGUGGUGUUUGAUGAGUCGUUACAGGGGUGUUUAGACUCGUACCUGCGUCUGGCUCCUCGCGGUAUCGACUCGUCAUGCCUGUCUCUCUCUCCAGCUGUGUCUGAGGCACAGCGUCGUCUUCAUCGCUCCGUCUUCAUGGUCUUCCUCAGGAUGGCCACACACAAAGAGUCCAAGGAGAACUUCAUCACUCCUGCCGUGUUUGGAGAAAUCAUCUACGACAACUUCCUGUUCGACAUUCCCAAAAUCCUGGACCUGUGUGUGUUAUUCGGCCGGGGAAACUCCCAGCUGCUGCACAAGAUGAUCGAGAAUAUCUUUAUUCAGCAGCCCAGUUACUACAGCGACCUGAACGAAACCGUUCUCUCCAUCAUACAGGUGUUUAACACCAUCCUGGAGCGGUGUGGACUGCAGACAGGGGACGCUGUGGACAACCAGCCUGUUAAACUGAGCACACACACACGCUGUACAAGUAUGACCAUGAGAGAGGAGGACCUCUCAGACCUAGUGUGUUACCUGUGUGACACUUGUACCACUGUUCACUCCUUUUUGGACAUCUUCCCCGAGGCGUGUAAAAACUUUCACCGUCACAGCUUCCUCAACAGACUCUCAUCUUUCUAUGAGUCUGCAAUGCCUGAUAUGGAGAGAGCAGUGAGAAAGAGGAACUUUGAUAAAUGUGUUCAAGAGGAUCUGUGGAGGAGGCUGUCUCACUCCCGCAGGAGAAUGGUGGAGAUCGCACACACACUGCUGCAACACACUUGUUUACAGCCCAUACUGGAGGGCUCUGAGAACACGGCUGCUCAUGUAGAGGAUUUUCUCCAAACCUUCACAACAUUCCUGCAGGAGAGAAGGUUCCUGGCUGAUUAUGAUGAGGUGUAUCCUGUAGCUGAGGACAUCAGUCUCCUUCAGCAGGCCUUCCCUCACCUAGACGACACGAGGACGUCGUACCUGCUGCAAGGAGUCGAGUCUGCAUGGGAGAGCGUGGGAAAGAAAAGACCUCACGCCCUGUCGGCCAAUCACAGAGCAGAGUCAUGCAGCAGGGGAGGUGGGGACACAUCGCCCACCCAGGGCAUGGCAGACGAUAAGGGGGCGGAGCUUAAAGGGGCAGAGUGUAUGGUUGACGUUCCACAAAAGGGAGAUAAUGGGGCGGUGUGCACAGUGAGUGCUGGGGAGCUGGAGUCUCUUCUUUCCCACAUCAGAGACCUGCUGCCGGAUUUGGGAGAGGGCUUCGUGAUGUCCUGCCUGGAGACGUACGGCUACGAUGGCGAGCUUGUCAUCAACAACAUCCUGGAGGACCGACUGACUCCUGAGCUGAGGAACCUCGACAGGAACAUGCCCAGGCCGGUGAAAGAAGCUCCACCCACUGUGCUCAGCUCCAGAUCAAACGUGUUUGAUGAUGAUGAGUUUGACGUGUUUUCCCGAGAAAAGGUGGACAUGAAGCGAGUGUGGAGGGGCAGGAGACAGGGAGAGAGUGUGCGUGACAUGCUUGAUGACAAACAGCACAUUAACGAUCAGAGAGACAGAUAUCGCUCCUACCAGACGGUCGUGGAUGAGGUUCCCAUAGCAACGGACCAGUCCGGUAACCAAGGCAACGCUUAUCUGAUUGAUGAGUACGAGGACGAGUACGACGACACGUACGACAUCAACCAGGUGGGAGCCAACGACCUGGAUGAGGACGAUGAGAUGCUGAACCGCAGGCCGUUUACGAUCCCUCAGGUGCUCAGAGCGGCAAAAACAGAGGAAGAGGAGGAUGAAGGAGAGGAGGGAGGAGAGGAAGAGGAGAAGGAGUCAGCAGUGAAGCGGGAUCAUUUCGUGGAGGACCCGGCCGUGCUCAGGCAGAGAGCCGAGGCCAGACGAGCCGCCAUGCAGAACAGGAGAGGUUACAGAGCUCCACCCCCAAGCAACGUGGUGGGCGCCCCAAAGGGGCGGGGCCAGACUCAGGAGACGCUCCUGGAUCGCCGCAGGAAGGAAGCGCACAAGGGACGAGGAGCCAAUCACAGUCGCCGAACGCUAGCCGACAGGAAACGGAACAAAGGCAUGAUCCCGUCAUGAUGUGCUUCCGUUGCCAUGGCGAUAGUUGCCAAAUCUUUGCCAGAUUUUUUUUUUUUCCAGUGUGACUGAAAUGGAACCAAAAACCCGUCGGCACUUUUUUAUUUAAGGAAAUUAAUUUGAUUUAACUUUAAACUAAUGAAAGCCCAAGUGCUAAAGGAGGAGGGGUGGAGUGUGUGUGUGUGAGAGAGAGAGAAAUAGAAUGUGUGUGUUCCACAGAGCUGCAGUGGAAUAGCGCAGGCCAGUGCUCGCUCUCUCUCUCUCUCUUUCUCCACACUGUACAUCAGGGUGAAGUUGGUCUCACCUGGCUGGUUUAUCUCCACCUAAUGGCCUCCUGACCCCUCUGAGCUCCUCACCGCCCCGCCCCGCCUCCGGGAGGAGUCGCACUGUCUCUGCUCACCAUGACAUCACCAUGAACAUGUGCUUCAGUAAACUAUCACUGAACUGACCGAUGCAAUUGUCCUCGUCUUCUCAGCUCAGAACGCGUGAGCCACACCUUCAGAUGCUUCCCUGACACUCCCCCUCCACCCAGGAGCAUGGCUCCACCCACGCCUCCCCCCCAAAUCCAGGCUGCCUCCUACCUCGGUAACCAUGGCAACGUUGUAGUGUUAGCAUUAAGGUGUGUGAUUAAUGUUUGACACACAUUCUGAUAUUCAUGUGUAGCGAGAACUUCCAGGAAAAGCGUUUUGCAUUAUGAUGUUGAGUUACAAAUUCAAACUGUAGACAAUAAAUAAUAUUCUGAAGGAUUUAAGGCUGUGUGU